GUUAUGACUAGUUUGUUGGACUUGGAACAAGUAUGGAAAAAAUGGAGGGAAGUUGGAAAAGAUAUAAACUCAUGCAUAGAACUAAGUGUUAGUGUGAAUUGAAAAGAAAAAGAGUUUUAAUAAGUCCCACGUCGAAGGGAACACUUAUCUUAGUAGUGUUUAUAAAUGUCAGUGCGAUUUAAUGACUGAUUAAGCACAUGGUUCAAUUCCUCUCGAUCCACUUCCAAUCAAAUAUAUCCGUUAGCGCGCAUAAGCCUUUGCUUAUCAGUUAACGCACACAUAUAGGUGAAUCAGUUACAGAUCGAUUCAAAUUAUGAGCUGAUCCAUCUCGCUUAAAUCUCUCCCUUUUUGUUCAAAACUCCGCCUAUAAAUAUAACCUUCCACUUAUAAUAAUUUCUACACAACAUAGUUUGAUUUCAAGUCCGAUUUUUACAACAAUGUCCUUUAUAGUGGUUUCAACUUAAGAAGCUAGCUAGAUUUUGGAUUCUUAUAUAUAAGCCCCCUCUCCUUAAUUUCAUUUCUCACAUUUCCACACUUAAUUAUCACCCUCUUUCUUUUUUAUCCAUCAUAACAAAUCAACACAAUGAACAAACCAAGUUGUUCAUUGUUUCUUCUAUCCUUUCUCAUUGUAACUCUCUUUGUGGAUGAAAUCCAUGGAAGCAAACAAAGUAGAGCUCUUGACAAAUUGCAAAAGUCAAAGUUCAAUGCAAAUUCACAAAUUGACAUGAGUCAUUUUAAGGCACAAAAGAAUAUUUUGCUUGAUGCAAUGAUUCAUUCUCAAGAUGGUAUGAAAGAAAAAGAUAGGAUUGAGAAGCUACCAGGGCAACCAAAUGUGAAAUUCUCUCAAUAUGGAGGGUAUGUCACGGUGGACAAAUUCGCAGGACGUGCUUUUUACUAUUACUUUGUCGAAGCUGCUCAUUCGAAAGAAACAUUGCCUCUUCUUCUUUGGCUCAAUGGAGGUCCUGGAUGCUCAUCUCUUGCCUAUGGAGCAAUGGAAGAACUUGGACCCUUCCGUGUGAACAGUGAUGGAAAAACCCUUCACAAAAAUAACUAUUCAUGGAACUAUGCUGCAAAUGUAUUAUUCCUUGAAUCACCAGCUGGGGUAGGAUUUUCUUAUUCAAACAAAUCAUCUGAUUAUGACAACAAUGGAGAUAGAAAAACAGCUACAGAUAACUAUGUAUUUUUAGUAAAUUGGUUAGAGAGAUUUCCUGAAUAUAAGAAUAGAGAUUUGUUCAUUACUGGUGAAAGCUAUGCUGGUCAUUAUGUUCCUCAACUUGCACACAAUAUUCUUUACCAUAACAAAAAGGCUAAUAGGACAAUUGUCAACCUCAAAGGAAUUAUGAUUGGGAAUGCAGUGAUCAAUGAUGACACAGAUAAUCAAGGAAUGAAUGAUUAUCUUGCUAGCCAUGCAAUUAUAUCAGACCAAGCAGCACAUAAUAUCAACACAUUUUGUAAUUUAUCAUCAAAUUCUAAUCAAAAUACUGAAUGCAAUGAAGCAUUAAGUCAAGUUGAUAAGAACACAGCGUUCCUUGAUGUGUACAACAUCUAUGCUCCACUAUGCAAUAAUCACAACCUCACUACUUGUCCCAACAAGAUCUCGGUUGUUCUUGAUCCUUGCAGUGAUGAUUAUGUACAAGCAUAUUUGAAUAGGGAUGAUGUUCAAGAGGCCCUUCAUGCCAAUGUCACCAAACUCAAAUAUGAUUGGGAGCCUUGUAGUGAUAUCAUUUCUAAGUGGGGGGAUAGUCCUUCAACAAUUAUUCCCCUUUUACAUGAAUUCCUUAAUAAUGGACUAAGGGUGUGGAUUUUUAGUGGUGAUAUAGAUGCAAGGGUGCCUGUUACUUCAACCAAAUAUUCCAUUAAAAAGAUGAAUCUUUCUAUUAAUACUACUUGGUAUCCUUGGUUCAUAAAUGGAGAGGUUGGUGGGUUUGCUGAAGUAUAUAAGGGAGGUUUAACUUUUGCCACAGUGAGAGAAGCAGGACAUCAAGUACCAAGCUACCAACCAGCAAGAGCCCUCUCUCUAAUCAAGCAUUUCUUAAAUGGCACUCCUCUUCCUAAUACUCAUAGAUUAUAAUCUUGUUAGAAUUUAUUUAUAUUAUUUUGUUGGCUUGGCUCUCUUGUGUUGAACCAUAUUUUCUAAAAAAGAAAAUCCAUUUAAUAUUAGGUUUUAUUCGAACUAUUGAUUGAUGAAAAUGGAUAAAAAUUAUCAUCUUUUUGGCUUUCGUAUGAGUUACUUGUGUUAUACAUAAGGUAGUUUAUUGA